AUGACUCCUCAAGAAAUCAAUGUUGACACUCUGGUCAUUGGCGCCGGUCCAACUGGCCUUGGAGCUGCAAAACGCCUACAGCAAUUGAACAAUGUUUCCUGGCUGAUUGUCGAUUCCAACCAAACCCCCGGUGGUCUCGCCUCGACCGAUAUCACGCCGGAAGGCUUUCUAUUCGAUGUCGGCGGCCACGUCAUUUUUUCUCACUACAAGUACUUUGAUGACUGCCUUAACGAAGCCCUGCCCAAGUCGGAUGAUUGGUACGAGCAUCAACGCGUAUCUUACGUCCGCUACCAAGGACUUUGGGUUCCUUAUCCGUUUCAAAACAAUAUAGCCGUUCUGCCCAAGGAGGAGCAGGUGAAAUGCCUGAGUGACCUCCUCGAUGCCGCACUCGAGGCUCGUGUGCGCCCUGCCACGGACAAGCCCAAGAAUUUCGACGAGUGGAAUAUUCGAAACGUUGGCCAACGUUUGAAUGAAAUAUUCAUGCGUCCGUACAACUUCAAAGUAUGGGCCGUUCCUACUAGCCGCAUGAACUCCACCUGGGUUGGUGAGCGUGUUGCCGCUCCCAACGUCAAACUGCUUACUACAAAUGUCAUCCGUAACAAGGUGGCUGGUAACUGGGGUCCGAAUGCUACAUUUAAAUUCCCCGCGCACGGUGGUACUGGUGGCAUCUGGAUUGCAGUGGCCGACACCAUCGCUAACGAGAAGAAGCGUUUCGGCAAUCAUGGUACAGUCAUUAAGGUAGACGCUGACUCCAAGAAGGUAUAUCUGAAAGAUGGUACCGUGGUAAAAUAUGGCUCCUUGGUCUCAACUAUGGCUGUCGACUUUCUUGCCGAGUCGAUGGGUGAUGCCAAACUGCAGCAAAUGUGCAAACCGCUCUAUUAUUCUUCCACCAAUGUAAUUGGCGUUGGCAUCCGGGGUGAACGCCCCGAGCGCAUUGGUGACAAGUGCUGGCUAUACUUCGUAGAGGAUAACUGCCCCUUCUAUCGCGCCACCAUUUUCUCCAACUAUUCUCCUUUCAACCAGCCCAACAAGAAUGUCAAGCUUCCCACGAAGCAGCUUGCUAAUGGCAAGAAGCCUGCCUCAUUUGAACCCCAGGCUGGUCCGUACUGGUCUAUUAUGCUUGAGGUAUCGGAAUCAUCCUACAAACCGGUCAACCAUGAGACUCUGCUAGCCGAUAGCAUCCAAGGGCUGAUCAACACCGAGCUGCUGAAGCCAAAUGAUGAGAUAGUCAGCACCUACGUCCGUCGCUUCGACCACGGCUAUCCCACUCCAAGCCUAGAGCGUGAUGGCGCAUUGAACGAAAUUCAGCCCUAUCUCCGCCAGAAGGAUAUCCUUUCUCGUGGUCGCUUCGGGUCAUGGAAGUAUGAGGUUGGUAACCAGGACCACAGCUUCAUGCUUGGUGUUGAAGCUGUUGAUAACAUCAUUUCCGGUGGCAUCGAGCUGACUUUGUCGUACCCUGACUUUGUCAACACCCGUGCCAAUACGGAGCGUCGCUUGACUUCAAAAACUUCUUAA